CCCGACCAAAUUCGAUCCCGGGUCCUCCAGAGCGGUAGGCUUGACUGCUCGGCCAUUCAUUUAAAUCCGUCUUUUCAUUUAAUUCAUUCUUGUAACUGCUGCAUGCUACUCGUAAAACGGCAUCCAGGCGUAAAUCAGUAAGCCAGUUUCUAUACAUGUUUUUUGCAUAUUUCAUUUUUGAGUAUGACGUUUCACAUAGAUACGUUGAUGCGAACAACGUAAAUAAAAUUUGAGCACAUUUUUUCAGUCAUAUUGAUCGGCCCCUACAUUCCAGAAGUGGUAAUUAUUUCCAGAAAUCAACGUAAUUAUUUUCCGCUUUCUUCCACGUCCGGCCACUCACAAAAGCUCAGAGGGCCGCAUGUGGCCCGCGGGCCGCAGGUUGAGUAUGGUGGCUUUAAGCCAUCAUAACCAUCAAAAUAAUGGUCGUUUCAUCACAAUACUAAAGUUAGCCUUUAUUAGGACAAUAUUACACGGAAUUUAUAGAACGGUAUUAUAGAACGGUAUUACAGAGGCAGAAAAGAAGUAAGUUGGAAAAAGAACCUGGUGAGUUUAUUUCGUUAUAUCUAACCAUCAGUGACAUAAUUACAUAUAAAACAAUGUGAAUUUUCUUAAUUUUCUGAUUUUAUUUUAACAAUAUAUUAGCGUUUACAAUUUUUUUCUUAUAAAACCCAUCUCUACUCUCAAAAUUAAGCUUUUUUUCCAUUCUAUAACAGUUACGAUAUAAAAUAGGCGAUAACAGAUGGCGGCACCAAAAUUUUAAAUAUUGCCGGAAAAGUCGAGCAACUCGUGGUUGGUUUAUUUAAUUAAUAAAUAUCUUCGUGUUGUCAGAAUUGAGUACAAAGAAUCGAACACAAUUUAUGACAACUCAAAUUUGCUUGAUCUACUCGCUUACGUUACCUUAUAUAACCAAAUUUCUGAUACCUUCAUUAUAUUUAUAAAAGAUUUUCGAAAAUGUUUUAUUGAAAAAUCCGGAAAUUUCGAAUAAAGUUGAAUGCAUCGAAGGGUCCCUCACUCGAGAGAACUUAGGAAUUUCCUCUUCCUAUAUGAAUUUGAUAACGAAGAAUGUUUCGGUAGUGUUUCACUUAGCCGCUUCAAUACAGUUCGAUGAACCUUUUCGAGAUUCAUUUGUCAAUAACGUGGAAACGACCAAAAAUGUGGUAGAAGUUUGUCGUCGAAUGAAAAGUUUAGUGGCAUUCGUACACGCAUCUACCGCUUAUUCUUUCUGCAACAGAAAGGAAGUGGAUGAAAAAAUCUAUACCAUGGCCAGAAGUUACGAGGAAUUUAAGAACAUUGCAAAACUAGAAAAUAAUGCUUCGUUAGAGAUAACAGAAGAAAAUCUUUUGGAAAAUCGACCCAACACCUAUACUUUAACAAAGGCCAUAUCAGAAAACUAUUUAAAUAAUUUUUGUAGAGAUUUGCCUGUAGUAAUUGUAAGACCUUCUAUUGUUGGUUGCACUUGGAAGGAACCUUUUUCCGGAUGGAACGAUGGCAAUAGUGGAGCAGAUUACGUAGCCGCAAUUGGAUUGAAAGGAAUACUUCGAAGCAUGUUGUGUGACGAAACGAAAAUUUUCGAUUUCGUUCCAUCGGAUGCAGUGAUUAAUUUGAUGUUGGCUGCUGCUUGGAGAAAGUCAAUAAUGCCUCAUCGAAGAGAUUCAUUUGUCAAUAACGUGGAAACGACCAAAAAUGUGGUAGAAGUUUGUCGUCGAAUGAAAAGUUUAGUGGCAUUCGUACACGCAUCUACCGCUUAUUCUUUCUGCAACAGAAAGGAAGUGGAUGAAAAAAUCUAUACCAUGGCCAGAAGUUACGAGGAAUUUAAGAACAUUGCAAAACUAGAAAAUAAUGCUUCGUUAGAGAUAACAGAAGAAAAUCUUUUGGAAAAUCGACCCAACACCUAUACUUUAACAAAGGCCAUAUCAGAAAACUAUUUAAAUAAUUUUUGUAGAGAUUUGCCUGUAGUAAUUGUAAGACCUUCUAUUGUUGGUUGCACUUGGAAGGAACCUUUUUCCGGAUGGAACGAUGGCAAUAGUGGAGCAGAUUACGUAGCCGCAAUUGGAUUGAAAGGAAUACUUCGAAGCAUGUUGUGUGACGAAACGAAAAUUUUCGAUUUCGUUCCAUCGGAUGCAGUGAUUAAUUUGAUGUUGGCUGCUGCUUGGAGAAAGUCAAUAAUGCCUCAUCGAAGAGAAGACGAAAUUACAGUUUACAAUUGCACUUCAGGAUCCAUAAAUCCUUUCACUUUGCAACAGUUUUUCAAAUGUUUAAAUAUUCAUUAUUGGAAACAUCCCUCGGAGAAAACAUUUUUAUAUCCAACAAAUAUACCCAAGAAGAGUUAUUAUUGGAAUCGUGUAUGCAUUAUGACGCAACAUCAACUUCCUGCAAUGCUAGCCGAUGUAUUACGAGUUGUUAUUGGCAGAAAACCAAAAAUGAUGAAAGUCUACGAUAAAGUUCAUAAUGAAAUAAGCAAGCUGGAAUACUUUUGUACUAGAGAUUGGAAGUUUAGUUCUAGAAACGUGCGGGAAUUGCUGGAAAGGAUGUCGACGAAAGAUAAACAGUGUUUCGACUUUGACAUCUCAAAACUCAAUUCGGACCGUUACAUGGAAGAUUACUUUCUGGGCAUCAGAAGAUUUGUUUUGAAGGAAGAUGACUCGACCAUCGCUCGAAGCAGAAAACUAAUAUUAAUGAAAUAUUAUUCUAUUUUACUCGCAAAAUCUGGAUUGCUUUUCGGAUUCCUUUACAUCCUGACUUUUUAAUCAUUCUAAUUUUCCCUACAUAAUUUAGUAUUGUAAUUAUUGCGAUUCGCGCACAAAAUCUAUUGAUAUUUUAAAGUCGAAAACUAUUUUAUCCUAGUUUUCUUGUAUCAUUCACAUAACAAAAUCAUAUAAACCACAAUCGUAAUACAAAGGGCGUAUAUUCACUUGCGUAUUGAUGAAACCAACGCAUAGCCCACUAUAUAUCCCUGCAAGCUCUGAUGACCCUUAUCGGUGUAAGUUAGCAGUGUUUCGAGCAUUGAUUAGAAGGGCUUUUAUAUAAUGCGAAAACGUUAUACAGAUACAGAGAUACAGAGAUAGAAAGGAUACAGAGAUACAGAGAUACCGGGAUACAGAGAUAGAAAAAAUUAUACAGAUAGUAGGAGCAUUAGGUUAUAAGAGGAGUGUUAUAGAGGGAAUUAUUAAAAAAUUUGAAGCCAGUAAUGAUAAAGUCACUAAACAAGGUCCAUCUAAGUACACGAAAUUUACAUACAACGAGUAUUUAUGAGGAGAGAUUAUGAAAGAAAUCGCAAAUAUAAAAGAUACAAAGGUGAUCUUAAAAAGAGCCCCGAAUUUGUACAAAAUACUUAGAAACGAUAAAGCGAUUGUUAAAAAAGAAGAUAAGGCGGGUGUGUAUAAGAUUCCCUACGAGAACCAGCUAAUAGGUAUAAAAAAAGAUUAUUUAGGGGUCACUACUAGAAACCUGGGUGUAAGGAUCAAAGAACACAGGUAUGAUAUUAGAAAAGGUUGUAAUACAACAGUAUUGGCCAGGAUGACGCAAGCAGAAAGUUCCUUGGUUCGAUGGGAUGAAGCAUAAAUCCUAAAACAGAUACACUCUCCAACUUUGGCAAGAACGGCUGAAAAGAUAAAUUUACAGAAGAAAGCUUAAUGAAAAAUGCAUUAACGCAAGGGACGUGGAGGGUCUUGCUUCGGCGUGAAAGUAUGCCGUUAAAAACUUACAAGAGGCGCAUGAACUCUAGUAUGUUUUAAAGGAAACUCUGUCUAGAUAGGGUAGAAAGUAUUAAUAUUUAGUACGAGUAAUAUGUUAUUUAUUUUUACAGUUUUAUAUCAUUUACAAUGUAUUAGUUCUUAUUAAUUAUUAGUAUUUUUGAAUUUUUGAAAUUGUUGUUCCAUUUAUGAAGUACGUAUUCCAUUUAGCCUGAAGAUGAUCUAUUGAAUGGAUCGAAAACCUUUGUUAUGAUAAAAAAAAAUCUCUCAGCGAAUAUUAAGGUGUGGGUUACGUAACAAAAUCAUACUCACUUUUUCAUUAUCACGGCAGUAAUUUUACGUUGAGGGUAAACUACGACUUCAAUUAA